UCUUGUUUGUUUGCAGUGUUCUGAACCUUUUCAUGUUGUUCUUGCUUUCCUUUUCUAACGGAACCUCCAGACUCCUAGUCAAGCCAUGCAAGAUGUUAUUGCUUAUUGUCAAGCACAAGCAAUUACUAAUGAUCAGAUGAUCCUAUAGUUCCAUGAGCACGUGAUUAACGGAAAGCGCAUCGGCACGAAGAGUCCAUCAACAAUGCAAACUAAGAACUACACUAGCUGUCCCUCCAAUUCAAUCACUGUUUGCAUGCCCUGCCCGACCACCCACCGAGUCUGUCAUACAUCAUCAACCCUUCACAUGUAGAGUGCACAUAAGUGAAGCCCCUGGGGAAGUGGCCGUCAGCGUACGAGACGCAAAGUUCAAACGACGACGCACAAAGGGCGGGAUAGCUGGCACGGAUUAGCGCUGAGCUCUUGGGCUUGUGGGAGAUGUCGUGCACGGGAUGCUCGGCAAUGGUGGGUGCCGAAGUGAAGCCCCUGGGGAAGUGGCCGUCAGCGUACGAGACGCAAAGUUCAAACGACGACGCGCAAAGGGCGGGAUAGCUGGCACGGAUUAGCGCUGAGCUCUUGGGCUGGUGGGAGAUGUCGUGCACGGGAUGCUCGGCAAUGGUGGGUGCCGAAGUGAAGCCCCUGGGGAAGUGGCCGUCAGCGUACGAGACGCAAAGUUCAAACGACGACGCACAAAGGGCGGGAUAGCUGGCAAAAAUUAGCGCUGAGCUCUUGGGCUGGUGGGAGAUGUCGUGCACGGGAUGCUCGGCAAUGGUGGGUGCCGAAGUGAAGCCCCUGGGGAAGUGGCCGUCAGCGUACGAGACGCAAAGUUCAAACGACGACGCACAAAGGGCGGGAUAGCUGGCACGGAUUAGCACUGAGCUCUUGGGCUGGUGGGAGAUGUCGUGCACGGGAUGCUCGGCAAUGUUAUUCAGGUAGUUCGGCUGCGUUGAGAAGGGGCAGAAGCGGGUGGCGCAUGCAAGCAAGAAGAGAGAGAGGACGAUUGGACGCACAUGGACUGCUGAUUCCUGUUGCAUGGGCAACUCAGGUCCAGCGCGGCCGACGUAGAAUGGCCGCAUUGUUCGCUUCUGAGAGACGUGAGGCGACCCGCACAUCGGUAGGGAGCUCGCGAUGAGGUGGGCGUGAUGGUGGCGCUUGCGUAGCCCACCACAGGCAACGGGAGGAGAAAUUCUCCUCACAUCGUGAUUUGCGAGC